GCCCCACCAGGAGUGGCUGCGGAGGUGGCGGUUCCGCGCAGGCUUUGCCGAGGUAGCGCCUUGGCAGCGGUCGUGCCCUGUCGGGCUGUAAGAUGGCGGCGGCGGGCGGGGGCAGCAGCGUGAACCCCUUCCUCAGCGACUCUGAGGAGGACGAGCCCGAGGAGUCCAGGCCCGGCGGCGGCAGCAGCAGCAGCAACGAGCCGGGCGGGCCGGCAUACCCGCAGCAGGAGGCGGUGGCAGCCGCGGGGAGCCCCGAGGAGCUGCCGGGUUUGCGUGCGGCGGCGCCGGGCGAUGCCGGCGGCGGUGCGGGGGCGGGCGGCGGGGCCGGCGCGGGCCCCGGCGCGGGGGAGCCGCCGCGGGUGCCGAUGGACGCGAUAGCGGCGCAGCUUCUGCGGGACCAGUUCUUGCUGACGGCGCUGGAGCUGCACACGGAGCUGCUGGAGAGCGGCCGGGAGCUGCCCCGGCUCCGCGAUUUCUUCUCCAACCCGGGCAACUUCGAGCGGCAGAGCGGCACGCCGCCCGCCGGCGGGGCCCUGGGCGGCCUGGGCGGCAGCGUGCUCGGGGGAGCAGGCGGCAGAGAGCCCGGGUCCGGGCAGCUCAAUCGUGCUGGAAGCAUCAGUACCCUUGAUUCCUUAGAUUUUGCAAGAUACUCUGAUGAUGGCAAUAGGGAAACAGAUGAAAGAGUAGCAGUCCUGGAGUUUGAACUACGGAAAGCCAAGGAGACCAUACAGGCCCUCCGAGCCAACCUGACUCAGGCUGCAGAAAAUGAAGUUCCUUUGCAGGAACGAAAAAAUUAUAAAUCAAGUCCUGAAAUUCAGGAGCCAAUCAGACCUCUUGAGAAAAGAGCUCUAAACUUCCUAGUUAAUGAAUUUUUAUUGAAGAAUAGUUACAAGCUUACAUCAAUAACAUUUUCAGAUGAAAAUCAUGAUCAGGAUUUUGAACUUUGGGAUGAUGUAGGAUUGAACAUUCCAAAACCUCCUGACCUGUUACAACUCUAUCGUGACUUUGGAAACCAUCAUGUUACUGCGAGAGAUGUGGUGGAUGUAUCGGUUGGUGUAGAAGAUGAUGAGUUAGAGGCUGCUACUCCUGUACUUGGGAGCGUCCCUGUAUUUGAAACAACACCACAGUCAAUAGAACAAUGUUUAAUAGUGCAAAAAUUAGAAGAUCAAAUUAGUGUGUUAAACAGUGAGAAAUGGUCUUUGAUGGAACAAAUCCAAAGACUUGAGAGUGAAAUAGAUUUUCUCAAGAAUGAAAACUUUGCUGUGUCAACAGUUUAUGGUGUAGCUCCCCAUCCUUCUUUAAAACAAGUGCCUCUCACAGUCUCAGAGGACAAUGGACGGUACUUGGAUAUCAAGAGCUCUGAGAAUGACAAUAAACAUGGAAACACUGAGGAAACAAGCCUUUCUUUAUCAGCUGAAGUGGAUUCAAGGACUGCUAAAGAUGAUAUGUCAAAUUCUGUGCCCUGUAAAGAAACAGAGAAACUGUCCUCUUGUGCUCCGUCAACUAAAACUGCAGUCCACUUCGAUAAACCUAAUAGGAAAUUGUCACCAGCUUUCCAUCAAGCACUACUGUCUUUCUGUCGGAUGUCAGCAGACAGCCGUUUGGGAUCAGAGGUAUCUCGGAUUGCAGACAGUGAAAAAAGUGUCAUGUUAAUGUUGGGACGCUGCCUGCCUCAUAUAGUUCCUAAUGUGCUGCUUGCAAAGCGAGAGAAAAUGGUUUUACACCUCUGUCAGGAAUUGAUCCCACUCAUACUGUGUACAGCCUGCCUCCAUCCUGAACCCAAAGAGAGAGAUCAGCUUCUGCACAUACUGUUCAAUUUGAUCAAACGACCAGAUGAUGAGCAAAGACAGAUGAUACUGACUGGGUGUGUGGCAUUUGCCCGACACGUUGGACCAACACGUGUAGAAGCAGAGCUUUUACCACAGUGUUGGGAACAGAUCAACCACAAAUACCCAGAGAGACGGCUACUGGUAGCAGAAUCCUGUGGAGCUCUAGCACCUUACCUUCCAAAAGAAAUUCGUAGUUCGUUAGUACUUUCCAUGCUGCAGCAAAUGCUAAUGGAAGAUAAGGCAGAUCUGGUACGAGAAGCUGUAAUCAAAAGCCUUGGCAUCAUUAUGGGAUAUAUUGAUGAUCCAGACAAAUAUCAACAGGGCUUUGAACUGCUGCUUUCAGCUUUAGGAGACCCUUCAGAACGUGUAGUUAGUGCAACACAUCAGGUAUUUUUACCUGCUUACGCUGCCUGGACAACAGAACUGGGAAAUUUACAGUUCCAUCUUAUACCUACACUGCUUCAUAAAAUUGAAAAAUUGCUCAGGGAAGGAGAACAUGGCUUGGAUGAACAUAAGCUCCACAUGUAUCUGUCUGCUUUGCAGUCAUUGAUUCCUUCGCUGUUUGCACUGGUGCUACAGAAUGCACCUUUCACAAGCAAGGCUAAACUUCAGGGAGAAGUACCACAAAUAGAAGUCACUAGAUUUCCCCGACCCGUAUCGCCUCUUCAGGAUGUGGCCAUCAUCAUUGGAAGCCGUGAACAAUUAGCAGUGUUGUUGCAACUGUAUGACUAUCAGCUAGAACAUGAGGGUACCACAGGCUGGGAGACUUUGCUAUGGGUAGUCAAUCAACUGCUACCACAGCUUAUAGAAGUAGUUGGCAAGAUCAAUGUAGCAUCAACUGCCUGUGUCCAUGAGUUCUCUAGAUUUUUCUGGAGACUUUGUAGGACAUUUGGGAAAAUUUUUACAAACACUAAGGUAAAACCACAGUUCCAGGAAAUCUUAAGACUGUCUGAGGAAAACAUAGAUUCCACAGCAGGUAAUGGAGUGCUAACAAAAGCCACAGUUCCCAUCUAUGCAACAGGGGUCCUUACAUGUUAUAUUCAGGAAGAAGACCGCAAGCUGUUAGUUGGAUUCUUAGAAGAUGUAAUGACCAUGCUUUCGCUAUCCCAUGCGCCUCUUGACAGCCUGAAAGCUUCAUUUGUGGAACUGGGUGCAAACCCAGCUUAUCAUGAGCUGCUAUUAACUGUCUUAUGGUAUGGAGUUGUCCAUACUUCUGCUCUUGUUCGAUGUACAGCUGCUAGAAUGUUUGAGCUGUUGGUGAAGGGGGUACAUGAAACUCUGGUAGCUCAGAGAGUUGUUCCUGCUCUCAUUACUCUCUCCAGUGACCCUGAAAUUUCAGUCAGGAUUGCAACAAUUCCUGCUUUUGGGACCAUCAUGGAAACUGUUACUCAGAGAGAGCUUCUGGAAAGAGUAAAAAUGCAGCUGGCAUCUUUCCUGGAGGACCCUCAAUAUCAAGACCAGCAUUCUCUACAUACAGAAAUCAUAAAAACAUUUGGAAGAGUUGGACCAAAUGCUGAGCCCAGAUUCAGAGAUGAAUUUGUUAUUCCACACUUGCACAAGUUAGCCUUGGUCAACAACCAGCAGUCUGUAGAUUCGAAGAGACUGGAUAUCGCUACCCACCUGUUUGAAGCCUACAGUGCUCUUUCCUGUUGUUUUAUUUCAGAGGAUUUAAUGGUCAAUCACUUUUUACCAGGACUUAAGUGUUUACGAACUGACAUGGAACAUCUCUCGCCAGAGCAUGAGGUUAUUUUAAGCUCCAUGAUAAAAGAGUGUGAACAGAAAGUGGAAAACAAGACCGUCCAAGAGCCGCAAGGCUCAAUGUCGAUUGCAGCGAGCCUUGUGAGUGAAGAUACAAAGACCAAGUUUUUGAACAAAAUGGGCCAGCUGACUACAUCAGGUGCAAUGUUGGCUAAUGUGUUUCAGAGGAAGAAGUAAGAUGGGAAAAGGAACUCCCAGCUAACACUAAGAUGGACCUCACAGAGACUGGUUCCUGUACUUGAAGUACUUGCCUUUUAAUUUUUUUCUGUCUUAUGUUCUUGUAGUAUAAUUUUAUUCUAACCUCCAAAGAUAUUUGCACUGCUUUUGAAUAUCGCUGUGUAUCUGUUAAUUUUGGGUUAACUGUGGUUGAUAUAAAACUGAAAUCAUAGUCUGUACCAAGUCCCUGUUCUGUAUUCUUGUCUUUCCAGCAUAAUUUUUUUUAUAUAGUGGAAGGGUUUUGUUUUGGUUUUUUUUUUUAUUUUCUGACAGGAUAUCAGCAAAUAUCUGUAUUAUACAUGGAGCUAUUAUGACGGUACUUAAAAUAAUGUAAAUUUGAAGUCAUUGUCAUGAAGUAAUAAAAGUGGAGAUUACUUAUGUAUUUAAAUUAUGAAAGAGUAAUGCAGAUUUUUUUAUUAUGUUUCUAAAAAGAAGAGGAAGAGCCACCAGCAUUUGUCUGUGCUUCUAGGGUUGUUUUUGUAAGUAUUGUGCAUCUUGAAUCUAGAGGAAUUGCAGUAUCUAAUGUAUGAGACUGCUUGCACUGCAUCAGUCUGCGGGGAAUGCUCAUGUUUCAGAUGCUUUAUGCUGACAUUGUAAAUGCUGUACAAAGUCCUUCAGAUAAAAUUCUCACAUCUGUU